GUCGCCGCCGCCGUCGUCGUCGUCGUCGUUUGUCUCCUCUACCCGCUGUCUCACUGCAUCACCAACGGCGCCUGUCGAAGAGCCGCUGAGCGAGUGAUGUCUGCCCUGAUUUGAUCUGGCCCGACUUUCGCAGCCGUCGUCGCUUCACACUCGUUUCAACGCCCAACCAACUUUCGACCGUUAAGACUGUUCUUAUAUUACUCCGUAUUAUUAUUAUUACUGCCGUCCAGCCUCGCCCCGGGAUCCCCCCGUCUUUCUCUUUCGUCGUCCUCACUCUUUCACCCUUCACCGUCGCUCGUUUGAUUCUGCUGCUGCGCAGCUGACAUUCGCUUUUCCACUCCAUCCUGCUUCUUCAUUCACUUCCUUUUCUCUCUCUCUCUCUGUUUCUCUCCGUCCGUCCGUCCGUCUGUCUCUAUCUCGCGCGGGCUUACUGGCCGCUCGGUCUGCACCGCAAACGACCCCAUCAUGAACCCAGAAUCAGCCAUCUACGGGCGGAGCCCAAGUACGCUCUUCCGUCGAUGCGUCGUCAACUGCCCGACCGAGGCGCCGCCAUGUCCAACCUGCAAGGAGAAGGAGAUAUGCACUCUCACGGCCAAAUCGUGCGAAGCCUGCGCUACCGCCAUCUGCGUCCCUGAUCCCCUCGCCAACCAGCCGUCCGACGACUCGGGCUCUCCCACAGGCGCCAUUGCUGGCGGUGUCGUCGGUGGUAUCGCCCUCCUCGCCGCCAUCCUCUUGACCUGGUGGUUCUGCGUCCGUCGCCGACGCAAGAACACCGAGAUAUGGCACGAAAAGACCAACGCCGCCAGCAGCGUCGACGUCGACGGCAACAGCCAGAGGAGACAGUCUGCCGUUGGCUCUAUCGCCUCCACCGUCCUCACCAGGGCCUCCAACGUCAUCCAGAUCGCAUAUAUCCCCGGUGUCACCAACAGAUCGGCCCCUGGCUCGCCAGACCUCAUGGUCCCUCCCGUGCCUCCAAUCCCAUCGGCCGUCGCCAACGGCCAGAACCAGCACUUCUUCGUGCCCGGCGACAUCCGGGACUCCAUGUGGUCUGGCAUGACCGACGACGACGGCAAGAGCAUCAGCCCCAGUCUCGCUCGCAGCAGCGUCGCCACGACCAUCUACCGUCACAACGCCAUUGUCAGCCCUGUCCCGGCCCAGGAGGCCUACCAGGCCAGGGCAAACAUCGUCAGCGUCAGGUCAGGCACUAGCUCGUCCUCGCCUCAGUCCUCUCCUAAAGUGCCGUCCAUCACAAACUCGCAGAUCAACAAAGCCAACGCCGUCGCAGCCAAGCUUGGUGUCAGCUCCAUCGUUGCUCGCAGCGCAGUUGCUAAGCCUAUCAAUGUUACGAAGGGCGGAAUUGGUGGCCCCCGGUUUUCGUCUUUCUCUGUUGUUUAG